UGUGUGGAUGUGAUGUGGGUAAGGGCUACACACUUCUGUUUAUUUUGUGCCUAAAGAGAUGGAAUAGCUGGGAAUUUUGGAGUUGCAAAAGAUUUUUGUUUCAUUCUCCAUGGUUAAUUCCUCAGGGUUUUGCUUUAUUGGCUUCUUGAAGAGUGGAAAACAGAAAACAGAGCAGAUAUAGACAUUGCAUCUUAUUAACUUGAAUUAAUGGCAAGCAUAUCUAAGAAAAGAAGCAGAGGUGCUCUCCCUAAUAAGGGAUUGCUGGGAGAGUCCCAAAACAAAGAGGGGAAAGAAAACACAUGAGCAGGGCAUAGAGGAAACAGGAGGAAAUGUUAUACAAAGGCUUCCUGUUAAUUUUCUCUCCUAUGUCCAAAAGCUUUUAAGAUGUCUUGUGGAGAAAAUGGAGAGAAAUGGGAAAAGAAAGCAGAAUACUUCUACCUCCUGCAAUAUUGAAAGUGCCUGGAAAAUUUGGGUCCACUCAUGGGAGCUUCCACCCUAAUGAAAACAAUGGCUCUAUAUGAGCAUUUAGCAGCAGGAUAAAAUACCCCUUUGCCAGGUGGAAGUGCAGCUCAGAAAGUGCCUAAAUAACACAGAUUUGUACAUAAAGAACAAUGUAAGGGAUGUAGAAUGAUUGCUUUGCUUUGCUUUGCUUCAGAUGAGAUGAAGGAGUAUGUCCUUAGUGCUCUGAAAACCUCUCUCUGGGGUUUUAUCCCUGGAGGAAGGAUACUUAGAAUCUUAAGGGGUGCCUUACGCAAAUUCCUGCCUCCAAAUGCCCACGAGCUGGUGUCUGGGAAGCUGCACAUUGUCCUCACCCGCGUGCACGACUGGAGAACUGUGACAGUGUCCGAGUUUGCCUCGAAGGAGGAGCUGAUUCAGGCCGUGACGUGCAGCUGCUUCAUCCCGCUGUAUUUUGGGUUUUGCCCUCCAACGUACCGUGGGGUGCGCUACGUGGACGGCGAGGUGGCCAUGUGGACAGCCGACUUUGUGUCCCGCACCACCAUCACCAUCUCUGCCUUCGCCGGAGAAUACGACAUCUGCCCCAAGGACGGCCCAGCUGCCUUCUUGACCUUCCAGCUCGCUGACUCUAUCUUACAGAUCUCAAAAAUGAACAUCUGCCGCUUACAGCACAUUUUUCAGCUUCCCACACCUCAGGCCAUGGACCGCUUUUAUAUCCAGGGCUACCAGGACACGGUCUCCUUCCUGAAAAGACUGAGGGAUUUCCAGGUGAAUUACUUCGAGGGCUUCACGCUUUCCUUGGCCAAUGAAUCACGUCAGAAAGGUGAGGAGACCCCGCACCUGAAGCCACAACUGAGAGUUCUGCACUCCAGAGCCACAGAUCACGAGGAUGACACCAAAGAGAACCCAGGAAUCGGCCAGGCAGCCGAUGAAUAUGAAUAGGAAGGCCCACACCACCUUCUCCACCCCCAGGAAGGUAAAGAACCAGCACUUGCUUUACCCCAUCCGUUUCCAAGUGACACUUGCCCAGGGCUGUCAGUGCCCAAAGAGGCUCUGGGGCAGGUGAGAACAUCGGGAAUGGGAGAAAGUUCCCUCUCAGCUCAGGGCUUACGAGUGAGGCCUCACACUGAGCCCUCACCCUCGAUCUGGCUGAGGACUGAGGACUUCAUUUUGGCUGUGUCAGAAGGACUCCAUGGACAAGGAGCCCUUCCCAUGGAGAAGGCCACGUAUUUACUCACCUUGUGAGGUAAUAACCGGUUCUGCCCACGCAUCCCUUCAGCAGGGGUGUCUCAAGGGUUCAAGCUGCCUUUGCUGUGCCAGCCAAAUCCAAGCUUCUUAGGAACUCUGGCUGCAGCCACAGAAAG